AUGUUCUUGGAUAAGGAACUCGAGCAUGAAGAUACGAAAAACCCAUUAAUCGUGCUAGGAAACUCGUAUCCUGCUAGCACAGACACAGAUCUGGAGGAUCGACCUAACAGCGAAGAGCAAUAUCAGGUCAUCGAGGAUCGUAUUCAGGCAGAAAGUAUGGUGAUUGUCAAGCAAAACAAUAACAAUAACGAUACGGACGCUACACAAACAGACGAAAACCAUCAGAGUAUCCCAAUGACCAACAACCAGAUGACGGGAUUAAACAUAAAUGACUUCAAACUGAAGAUCCAACUGAAUUUCAAUUCGUUAUUCAAUAUUAGCAAACCAGACCAAAUAGAACCAACCGCCCUUGCAGCAGCAGGAAAGGCACAACAACCAAACACAUGGCCCAAAGAUUUCCUAGACGAUGUCAGGACACGGUUAUGGCUAACUUAUAGAGUCGGCUUUCCCUCAAUCCCCAAGGAUAAAAAUAGCCCAUCGACGGUCAUGGGAGCGUUGAUGCGAGGUAAUUUUGCCGAUAUUAACAGCGAUGGGUUUAGUUCAGAUUGUGGAUGGGGAUGCAUGAUUAGAACCAGUCAGAGUUUAUUGGCAAACACCCUCCUUGAUUUGAAAGUAGGUAGAGAUUGGAGAUUCCAGGGGCCUAACAAUGAUGAAUCAUGGGAUAUGAUCCAUGAUAAUAUAGUUUCGUGGUUUGUCGAUGAUCCCAUUUCUCCAUUCUCCAUUCAUAAUUUUGUAAAGAAAGGCUCUAUUUUAUGUGGUAAAAGUUCUGGUGAAUGGUUUGGCCCAUCAGCGGCGUCCAGGUCAAUACAAGCAUUAUGUGAUGACUUCAAAGAUGCUGGAUUAAAUGUGUAUAUUGGUGAAGAUAGCGGGGAGAUUUAUGAGAAGGAUAUGCUUCAAUAUUUCCAGCAAGGUGAAGAUGACAAAGCGGUGCUAAUAUUAUUAGGAAUGCGAUUAGGAAUUGACAAUGUUAACGUAAUAUAUUAUUCUCCUUUAAAACAGGUGUUGUCAUUGAAGCAAUCGGUGGGAAUUGCUGGCGGUCGACCAUCAUCGUCUCAUUACUUUUUCGGGUACCAAGAUGACUAUCUAUUCUUUCUUGAUCCUCAUGUCUCUAAUAGGCCCGCUUUAAAAUUGGGAAACAAUUAUGAUUUAUCAGAGUCGGUGGUCACCGGCGUCAGCCAGUCGAACCCUAUCGAUCUGUCAACGAUCCCUGAUGCUGAUCUUAUAUCCCCUACGUUAUUGACGAACUCAGACAUUGAAUCAGUGCAUACUACGGUUUUCAACAAAUUACAUUUAUCAGAAAUGGAUCCAUCCAUGCUCAUUGGAUUCUUAAUCAAAAACAAAAGUGAUUGGAAUUCAUUUAAAGAAUCUGUCAACACCACAGACUUGAAGAAAAUCAUCCACAUUGCUGAUGGAUCCAAGAAUGAUGUACUUGGAUCACAAAUAAGAAGAAGUAGUUUGGAUGUUUUAACCGAGAGGAACUUGGUAUUAGUAGAAUCAGAAGAUGGUAUGGGAGAUGAAUUUGUUGAUUUGGGAGCAGAGUUUGAUAAUUUGUCGACCUCCGAUGGGAUGAAUCAUCCAGCAACAAGCACAAUUCCAACUACUUGUUUUUCAAAAAAACCCACUCAACUGGCAGAAGAAAAAGCUCCUACAGAUUCUUCAAGUGACAAUCCUCUUUAUGAAACUACAGAAAAUGACAUUAUUUGUGUUGACCGUACUCCUAAGCCACUAGAGCCUUCAAUUGGUAAAUCGCCGUCUCCAGAACAGUCUGAGAAAGCCAUGAACCAGACUUGGGAAAAUGUGAGCAAUCAUAAUGCCUCAUAUGAGGAUUUGCAAGGAGUUUAUCAACAACAGGACAAUGAUGAUGCCAAAGUAAUCGUCCAAGAUACUGAUGAAGAUGAAAGUUCCGAAAAUGAGGAACUUGCAAAAGAAAGUGAAGUACUUACUCACUGA